CGCUCACGCCUCUGCGUUGUGUGCCGCGAUCGUCCGCUCCAUACGUCCUUAAUCAUAGCUCGGUCGAGACGUUGAGGUUCUAUCAAGUCUCGAAACGUCCGCUCCAUACGUCCUUAAUCAUUGCUCGGUCGAGACGUUAAGGUUCUAGCAAGUCUCGAAACGCCCGCCCCACUCGUCCUUAAUCAUAGCUCGGUCGAGACGUUAAGGUUAUCAAGUCUCGAAACGUCCGACACAUACGUCCUCAAUCAUAUCUCGGUCGAGACGUUGAGGUUCAUUCAAGUCUCGAAAAGCCCGCCCCAUACGUCCUUAAUCAUAUCUCGGUCGAGACGUUAAGGUUCUAUCAAGGCUCGAAACUUCCGCUCCAUACGUCCUUAAUCAUAUCUCGGUCGAGACUUUAGGGUUCUAUCAAGUCUCCAAACGCCCGCUUAAUACGUCCUUAAUCAUAUCUCGGUCGAGACGUUAAGGUUCUAUCUCGUCCCGAAACAUUUGUACUCUUUUCAUCAUAAUUUUAUUUAUUCAGCAUCGUAGGGAAUAGAAAUUUCUCUGGCUUGUGUGCCUCGCUCGUCCAGCUUGUAUGUCGUUAACCCAAUCGUCGUUCCAUACGUUCGUUACGCUAAGGCUUUGUUAAGUCACAAAAUAUAUGCGCUUUUUUCAUCCUAAUAGCAUUCAUUUAUCAUCGUAGGAAAUAUAAAUGCAACGGAAGAAAAUAGGAGCAAAGGGGAAAGUUAUGUACAUUUUCUGAUGCGCAGGGAUUACUACACGUGUUCAUGUGCUCCCGAUAUUCAAGCUGUCAUCAUCCGAAGAAAUUGAAGUUUUGGUUUAUUGAAGUGCGGUGCGUUGAUACUUGUUGAACAAAAUUAUUUGAAAUUGACCUGUGACGAUGUAUAUCGGAUAUUUGAACACACUUUUCAUAUGUGUAUUCUGUAGUUUUAGGAUACUGGCCCUGCCGGACCAAAUAACAGUAGGCGGGAUUUUCGACCCAUAUGAUGACCGUCAGGAGUUGGCGUUCCGAUAUGCAGUUGAGCGCGUCAAUCAAGACAAGUCCACCCUCGUGCGAUCAACAUUGAACGCGGACAUCCAGAGGCUUCCCGCUGACGACAGCUUCCACGCGUCAAAAAAAGUUUGUCAGCUGCUGAGGUCGGGUGUGGCGGCCAUAUUUGGUCCGCAGUCCGAGAAGACAGCUAAUCACGUUCAGAGCAUCUGCGAUGCUCUCGAAGUGCCACACAUCGAAACGAGAUGGGACUUCAAGCUGCGCCGCGAUGAAUAUUCCCUGAACCUUUACCCUCAUCCGACUUCGCUCAGUCAGGCGUACUACGAUGUGCUCAGGCGACUCGAGUGGAAGAACUUUGUGGUGCUCUACGACACCAGUGAAGGACUCAUCCGCCUCCAGUCCCUACUCAAGUCCAACGAAUUGAAAGUGACUGUUCGCCAGCUGCACGAGGAUUCGGACUGGAGACCACUUUUGAAGGACAUCAAGAAGAGCCAGGAAACAAAAAUCGUGAUCGACGUGAAGCAGCAUAGAAUUUAUGAAAUCCUGAAGCAAGCAGCGCAAAUCGGACUGAUGAGCGAGUACCAUAGCUACUUCAUCACCUCUUUGGAUCUGCAUCUCGUGAACAUGGAUGACUUUAAAUACAGCGGCGCGAACAUUACGUCACUGAGACUCGUCGAUCCAAACAAACCCGAAGCCGUCCAAUUUGUCGAAGAGUGGAAAUACGGAGAACUUCGCUAUGGCAAAACUAUUGACGAAGACAUCGCUCGGAUAACAACGGAGUCCGCCCUCAUGUACGAUGCAGUGCAGUUGUUCGCUCGCGCCCUCGACGACCUCGACAGGUCCCGUGAAGUGGACAUCACGCCCCUCUACUGCGAGGGCGACAAGACGUGGCCGCAUGGCAGCUCCCUCAUCAACUACAUGAAGUGGUACAGCGCUCAUCGCAGCGAGGCUGAUCUCUUGAACGGAGGCGGGGUUUUUGACACGCGUAAAAUUGGUGGCAUGGGAGCAGUGCCCAACAUGCCUUAUGGAAUGCCAACCAAUGGCAGGCCGGGUAUGCCACCUUUAGUGUCACCUAUGGACAACAGAUACGGGAACUUGAUGAUGCCCGGCGGGAUGCCCUUCACCAACGCAACUCAUCGACCUUAUGACAUGGUUCAGGUUUAUGGGCUUACGGGACUUAUCAAGUUCGACACACGAGGCUUUAGAACAGAUUUCGAGCUAGAUAUCCUUGAGCUGGAUGCAAAAUUCGGACUAAAGAAGGUUGGAACUUGGUCAUUAGCUGGCGGCGCUAACUUUACAAGGUCUUUGGUCGAGUCCUCCUCAGGCAUAACGCUCAACCUACAGAACAGAACUCUCAUCGUCACUACCGCCAUCGUAGCGCCGUACACAAUGCUGAAGGAGACGUCUGAACAGCUAACGGGCAACGACCGCUUCGAGGGCUUCUGUGUGGAUCUCAUCCAUGAGAUAUCGCUGGACCUCGGCUUCAACUACACAUUCAAGCUCGUGGCCGAUGGGAGCUACGGCACCAAAGAUCCAGUGACAGGGGAAUGGGACGGCAUGAUCAGAGAGCUUCUGGAUCAUAAAGCCGAUUUGGGCAUUGUGGAUUUCACCAUCACGUACGAACGAGAGGAGGCAGUCGACUUCAGCAUGCCUUUCAUGAAUCUCGGCAUCAGCAUCAUCUACAAGAAGCCUACGAAGAAAGCCCCCAGUCUGUUCUCCUUCAUGUCGCCCUUCUCUCUGGACGUUUGGAUUUACAUGGCCACUGCCUACCUCGGCGUCUCAGUACUUCUCUUCAUGCUUGCCAGAAUUGCCCCCGAAGAAUGGGACAACCCUCACCCGUGUAUCCAAGAUCCUGACGAGUUAGAGAAUGCCAUAACCCUGAGUAACGCCUUCUGGUUCACCAUUGGUUCUCUCAUGCAGCAAGGAUCAGACAUAGCGCCUAAGGCAGUCUCAACCCGCAUCGUAGCCGGCAUCUGGUGGUUCUUCACCCUCAUCAUGAUCUCAUCGUACACCGCCAAUCUCGCUGCCUUCCUCACCGUUGAGAGGAUGGAAUCUCCCAUCGAAGGGGCUGAAGAUUUGGCCAAACAAACCAAGAUCAAGUACGGGUCUAAACUCGGAGGCUCGACCUACGCUUUCUUCAGAGACAGCAAGAUCCCCACAUACAAGAGGAUGUGGACGGCCAUGAGCACCGCCCGCCCCACGGUCUUCACGAGCUCCAAUACAGAGGGCGUCGAGCGCGUCUCCAAGUCGGACGGCAUGUUUGCGUUCAUGAUGGAGUCAUCGAGUAUUGACUACGAAGUGGAGCGCCGCUGUGACCUCAUGCAGGUCGGCGGCCUGCUCGACUCCAAGAGCUACGGCAUCGCCCUGCCUCCAGGAUCUCCGUACACAAACGUGAUCAGUUCAGGGAUCCUCAAAUUGAAGGAAACUGGAGUCCUUCACACCCUCAAGACGCGCUGGUGGAAAGAACGUAAAGGUGGAGGCAAGUGUACGAUGGAGGACUCGUCGACAUCGACGAGCGGAGCAGCUGAGCUCGGCCUGGACAAUGUUGGCGGUGUGUUCGUGGUCCUCAUAGGAGGCAUGAUAAUGGCCGCCUUCAUGGCCGUCUGCGAGUUUCUCUGGAACGCCAGGGAGCUCGCAACUGAUGAGAAUGCGAGCUUCUGUGAUGAACUCAGUAGCGAAGUCCGAUUCAUCAUGAAGUGUUCCGGUAACACAAAGGCUGUCCGCAAGAAAGGAUCGGUGACUCCAGAAGAACCUUUCAUUUAUGGAUCUUACGGAUCCUCUUCCUAUGGAUAUGUAUCAAGAAAAUGACCUGCCAAACUCUGAAAAAAUCUCAGGCUAAUCGUAUUAUGUACUCGCAAAAAAAUACUCCUUCUCAUUCUAGUUUAAUGUUCGGGAAGUCAGGUUGAGAAAAAUCUUCAGUGCUGUAAAUGAGAAAUGAAUGAGCGUCUAAUUUUUUCCAGAGUGAGAAAGUUAGAUAUCCUAGUACCUAAUGUAUUGUAAUUUUAUUAUCUUCCUAUUUUAGCGCUUAGGUGAAUAUUCUGUGAUCGUCUGUGUGUCGUUAAAUCGUUCAAGAAUAUUUUAAACAAUAAUGACUUAUCAGUGAUGCACUGAAAAAUGGCAGUUUUAUUCAAUGUCGACAAAGCGAAACCCCUCGACGAUGUUGAAAGGGGGUGUUGUGUAAUUGAGGAGCAGUGCAUGGAUGUUCAGAAGGCAAGAGAAGUCAACGUCAUUGUUAUUAGUGAAUAACGACAAAUUGAUUCUCAAAAUUUGUGCAAAACCUCAAUUUAAAACAACCGUGAUAGAAAUAUUUAUUUAACUCGAAAACAAUUUCCUGGCAAACGACGGAAAAAUUAAAUGAUCUCAAACGAGUAAUGGAAAUCUACGAUCCCUUUGACCGGUAUCAGCACAGGUACUUUCCACUCUCGUGAUACUAGGCGCAUUGGAGUUAUUCUCGAAAAAAAUUCUGCUUCAACCUAUAAAAUAUGGUCGCGAAUACAUUUUUUAACAGAAGUUACAUGCCGGAAAAAAAUACGCAGAUGAAUGAAAUGUCGUCAGUGUUCAAAGUCAAAUGAUGAACUGAGUUUAUCAAUUUUGAGAGCGGAUUCAAAGAUGAAAAAACUGUGUUCUUGUGUGUGACUUCUCAGCGCUAUCCAUGUACAUAUCAAUUGUGAAACAAAAACUGGGAUGAAACGAAGCAUGCAUUUAUAAAAAUUUUGCAGCACUAAAUUAAAGAAAUUGUCAUUUAAACAA